GAAUGGCGUGAGGACCUUUCUCUUGAGUAGUCCUUUAGAAGAUCCAGCAGUUAAAAACCUACACUUGCACCAGCUUUCUCACCCAUUUAGUUUAUUCCUUCUCACUCUCUUUUCUGCUGAUCGGCUAUAUGCCACACAACACUGUGACCCAGCACCCUGUGGAUUUGGUGCUGCUCGCUGUGCUGAGUGAGAUUACGACAUCCUGCCGCCUGCUCACAGCCUGGUUCUAGGAGUGCAGUGGCUCCUUUGACCUGGAGGCUGCAUGCAGGCACCCUGUGAACUCUGAGACCUGCUCUGCUCUGCUCUCUGAAGGUCUUGCUGGUGGCAUGGUGACUCAGACUGGGAGCACACUGCUCAGUCUGAAGAAUCAAGGAGGAAUAUGGUGACAUAUCAUCAGGUGAAGAGACCGCACUGGUAUGUUUAAAGACUGUUCUAAAGAUGCAGUUGUGAUUACUUUGGAUAUUUUCACCUGAGAAUGAAAGAGGAGAAGAAAGAAGCCACUGGUUCUCUGGUGCAGUGUUACCAAGUGAAAAAGUUGUGCUGGUGAGUUCAAAGCAUAUUCUCAAGGAGUUGCUGUGAGACAAUUCAUUUUCUGGCCUGAAAAGGAAGUCGGAGGAGGAGAAAGAAUUCGUAGUUCUUCAAGUAAGUGCUAUCAAGUGAAGAGGCUGCUGGUGGAUUUAAAUCAGAUUCUCAAGCAACAACUGUGAUUUCUCUUCAUUUUCUGGCGUGAAAGGAAGUCAGAGAAAGAAGAAAAGAUGGCAGUUUCACAGGAUGCAAUAUCUUGUGAAGAUGUAACUGUGAACUUUAGUCAAGAGGAAUGGGCACUGCUAAAUCCUUCAGAGAAGAAACUCUACAAAGAUGUGAUGUGGGAAAUAUUCCAUAACCUUGUCUUAAUAGGAAAAUUGCAGGAAGAUUCUUUCAUUGAACAACAGCAAGACCAUGAAGGGAGUAAACAAAGAAAUAUAGGAGAUAAGAUAUCUGAGAAGGAAGGACGUCUAUAUAUGGGGAACCCUCAGGAAGGUGAAGUAUAUCACAAGAAAUUCACUUGUUGCAGUUAUCUUCAAAAAUAUGAAAGAACUCAAAUCAGGAGAAAUCCCGAUAUGCAUAAACUAUGUAGUAAAGAAUUCAUUCAAUCCAGUAAACUUUGGACACCUGAAAGAUCUGAAAGUGGAGAUAAUUUCUAUGAAUGUAAACAGCAAUGUAGUAAAAUAUUCAGUCAAUCUAAUUCUCUCCAGAUACAUGAAAGAACUUACAUUGGAGAGAAACCCUAUGAAAGUAAAUCAUGUACUAAAACAUUGAUUCGAUCCAGACAUCUUCAGAUCCAUGAGAAAACUCACAGUGGUGAGAAACCCUAUAAAUGUAAGCUAUGUAGUAAGACAUUCAAUAGUUCAAGCUCUCUUUGGACACACAAAAGAACUCACAGGGGAGAUAAAUCCUGUGGAUGUAAACAAUGUGGGAAAACAUUCAGUUCUUCCAAUUAUCUUCGGUUACAUGAAAGAACUCACAGUAGAGAGAAACCCUAUGAAUGCAAACAAUGUAGUAAGACAUUCAGAUAUUUCAGUUAUCUUAAGGUACAUGAAAGAACUCACAGUGGAGAGAAACCCUAUGAAUGUAAACAAUGUAGUAAGACAUUCAGUUGUUAUAGUUAUCUUCGGGUACAUGAAAGAAUUCACAAUGGAGAUAAACCUUAUGAAUGUAAACAAUGUAAUAAGACAUUCAGAUGUUCCAGUUAUCUUCGGGUACAUGAAAGAACUCACAAUGGAAAGAAACCCUAUGACUGUAAACAAUGUAGUAAAACAUUUAUUACAUCCAGUCAUCUUCGGAGACAUGAAAGAACUCACAGUGGAGAGAAACCCUAUGAAUGUAAACAGUGUAGUAAGACAUUCAGUUCUACCAGUCAUCUUAAGAGCCAUGAAAGAACUCACAGUGGAGAGAAACCCUAUGAAUGUAAACAAUGUAGUAAAGCAUUCAGUUCUUCAAGUUCUCUUCGGAAACAUGAAAGAACUCACAGUGGAGAGAAACCCUAUGAAUGUAAACAAUGUUGUAAAACAUUUAUUACAUCCAGUCAUCUUCGGAAACAUGAAAGAACUCACAGUGGAGAGAAACCCUAUGAAUGUAAACAAUGUAAUAAAACAUUUACUACAUCCAGUCAUCUUCGGAAACAUGAAAGAAUUCACAGUGGAGAGAAACCCUAUGAAUGUACACAAUGUAGUAAAGCAUUCCAUUGUUCAAGUUCUCUUCAGAGACAUCAAAGAAUUCACAGUGGAGAGAAACCCUAUGAAUGUAAACAAUGUUGUAAAGCAUUCAGUUGUUACAGUUCAAUUUGGGAAUAUGAAAGAACUAACAGUGGAGACAAACCCUAUGAAUGUAAACAAUGUGGUAAAGCAUUCAGUUGUUCAUGUUCUCUUCAGAAACAUGAAGGAACUCACAAUGGAGAGAAACCCUAUGAAUGUAAACAAUGUAGUAAAACAUUUAUUACUACCCGUCAUCUUCGGAAACAUGAAAGAACUCACAGUGGAGAGAAACCCUAUGAAUGUAAGCAAUGUAGUAAAGCAUUUAGUUGUUCAAGUUCUCUUCGGAAACAUGAAAGAACUCACAGUGGAGAGAAACCCUAUGAAUGUAAGCAGUGUAGUAAAGCAUUCAGUUGUUCAGGUUCUCUUCGGAAACAUGAAAGAACUCACAGUGGAGAGAAACCCUAUGAAUGUAAAAGAUGUAGUAAGACAUUCAGUCAUUCCAGUUCUCUUCGGGUACAUGAAAGAACUCACAGUGGAGAGAAACCUUAUGAAUGUAAACAAUGUAGUAAAACAUUCAAUUGUUCAAGUUCUCUUCGGAAACAUGAAAAAACUCACAAUGGAGAGAAACCUUAUGAAUGUAAACAGUGUAGUAAGGCAUUCAGUUCUUCCAGUUCUCUUUGGAAACAUGAAAGAACUCACAGUGGAGAGAAAUCAUAUGUAUGUGAACAACUAGUAAAACAUCAAGCCAGUCAUAUUUGGACAUAUUAACACACAGUUGUAUGAAACUUUAUAAAAGUAAACAAUGUUAGAAAAUGUUCCAUUUAUAUAUUUAUUUUUAGACAGAUAAAAUAUGCUGGUGAGGAAUUCUAUGAAUAUUUAUUAUUAUGCAGAGCACUGAAGAUCUGUGUCUUAAGUUGUGGGGGUUGAACCUGAAAUUUUGGAGACUCAGGCAUGAGAGUUUCUUUGCAUAAUCAUUAUGAUAUCUAACCUUGCACUAUAUGUAAAUUAUAUAGUUAAAUAUUCAUUCCUCUACCCUUUGGAGAAAUAAACUUGCAAAGUAUACAUCUAUAAAAGUAAAAUGUUUAUAGUUAAGCAUUCACUUAUUCCAGGAAUCCUUAGCUACAUGAAAGAACUGGCAUUAUCCAACUAUGACACUAUCUUCCCAGACAAUCUGGGUUACCUACAUAUUACAUGCCAGGCUCAAGUAAAAAGCAGUAAAGUCAUGGACCCCUUGGAAUAUACCUAAAGUGACCUAGUAGCUUUUUCCAAAACAGAGACCCCAAAUCUUCAUCUGCAAUAUUCUUACAUUUAGUUUCAUGAUUAGUCAACAAUUUGUUCUGCUUUAUAUCUUAACUUUUUUCGGCUGUCUUGCUUGUUCUUUAACUAUACAGAAUCCCUAGAGAACUCUGAAGUAGCUAUGUCCUUGUGAGGAGGAAUAAUAAUUGCUACUUUCUUCCACAAAAGACAUGUGUAACCCAAGAAACACAUCCAACUCAUCCCUAUGCUAGUCAUAAUACAAACUGUUGGUCUAUUCAACCAUUCAUCCACAUAUAUGCAGAACAAUCAGUAUCUUUGGCAGCCAUGUGCUAUUUUUUUUCUAUUUUUUAUUUUUUGCCUUCAGGUUUAUUACUAGGGCUCAGUGCCUGCACUGCUCCUGGAGGCUAUGUUUUUCCCUUUUGUUUCACUUGUUCUAUCGUUGUUGUGGUUAUUAGUUGUUGUUAUUGUUCAAUAGGGCGAAAAAAUUGGAGAGAGGAGGGGAAGACGGGAAGAGAAAGACACCUGCAGAGUUGCUUCACUGCCUGUGAAAUGACCCACCACAGGAAGGGAGCUGGGUGCUCAAACCAAGACCCUUCAGCACUUGGAUUUUGUGCCACAUGCACUUAACCCGCUGUGCCACUUUCCGACCCCCCAAGUGCUAUUUUUAAAUGGUAUAUUAAUAUCGGACUAUUCAAAUUUGUCAUCAAAUUACUAUUUACUAUUUUAAUUUUUAAAUUAGUUUUUAUUAUCUUUCUUUAUAGGGUAGAGACAGCUGGAAACUGAGAAGGAAGUUGGUAAUAGUGAGGGAGAAAGAGAGAUACCUACAGCACUGCUUCACGCCUUGCAAGGCUUUUCCCCUGCUGGCAGGGAUUGGGGCUUGAACCUAGGUCCAUGUGUGCUCAAUCUGGUGUCUUACCCCCAAUCACCCCAACCCCAAUCACAUUAUUUUAAUCAUACUAUCCUUAGUUACCAUAAUCUUUUUUUUAAAGAUUUUUUUAUUAAUGAGAAAGAUAGGAGGAGAGAGAGAAGGAACCAGACAUCAGUCUGGCACAUGUGCUGCUGGGGAUUGAACUCAGGACCCGGUGCUUGAGAGUCCAACGUUUUAUCCACUGUGCCACCUCCUGGAUCACAGUUCCCAUAAUCUUUUAUUAAGUCUUAUGUAAUUAAUUAAAGUAAAUCUCUGUUCACAUGA